AUGCAGCUACAAUACUUCUGUGACCUAAACAUUGGCUCUCCAUGGCAAUCCUUCAAAGCUGCCUUUGAUACGGCUGGCGCCAGCUGGGUGCUUUCUACAAACUGCAAAGAGGAUCUGGAACUAUGCCGUGGACGCAACAAGUACGACCCACGCGGUUCUUCCACCCACGUUGACGGUGUGGACGUCGCCUCCGCGCCGCUUGGAAACGGCACCGUGCACGGCAGGGCGUCUUGGGACCGCCAGCAAGUGGCCGGCGUAACAGUGCCACGAAUGCCGUUCCUCCGCAUCGGUGACUUCACGGGUCAGAAGGACAUCUUCUGGGGCACGCCAUCCAACGCAGUCCUAGGACUCGAACAGGGUCCUCUCUCCUUUUUCGGCGCGCUGGUGCGAGAGCGCCUCCUCGCGGAGCCGUGGCUUGGCUUGUACUUUAGUCGCGACGACGCCCACGAUGGAGAGGCACUAUUCGGAGGUGCCAACAGAGAGCGGUACGAGGAGCCACUGAGCUUUUUUCCCGCCCUCGGGACAUACUGGAACUUCCAGCUUGAUGCAAUCGAAAUGGGGCAAUACGGUCACUACUGCUUCACGGGAUGCAUAGCCAGGCCAGCUACAGCCGACCCUUACAUAGGAGGACCGCCUAUUGAAAUACAGCGAAUCAACAAUGACAUCGGAGCCAUGAAGGUUGAUACCGGAGAGUGGAUGCUCAACUGCGACAGCAUCGCACGGUUGCACGACAUCAGAUUCACCAUUGGGACACGAACUUUCGUCCUGCAACCGAAGCACUACGUAGUUGAGCGAGACACCCCCAACGGAAAGCGCUGCUACAGUGGUUUCAUCGAGGCCGUCGAAAAGGGAGACGUCACGUGGCAUCUUGGUCACGUGUUCCUGAGGCGCGUGUACACCGUCCUCGAGUGGCCGACGAGCGGCACGGGUUACGGACAAGUCGGCUUCGCCUACGCACGCUGAACGUGUCUCUCAUCCCGCAGACACCUACUCCCGUCCUUCGGUAUUGCCUCAGAGAUACGUCGAAUUUAUGGAGAGCUUGAAUGACAAAAACGUACGCGCAGGAUCGCGAGACAACGACAAUAAAUAUUUUUAAAAACUCGUA